AUGAAAAGAUGGGUUAUUGUUGUGUUUUACAGCAUUCAUCCAUUGGUUGUGCGACACGAAACUUGGAAAUUUAAAGAAGCUUUUGAAAUACAUCAAGCUGGAUCCUUUCCAUGUAUAUCCGGAAACAGGUCUGAAGCUGAUGUUAUCAAUGAAACUGUUGAUGAGAUUCUACUCAACAUAAAUUCCAAGGGUUUAGAUGUCGCAAAGCAUCCUGUUGGGCUGGAGUCUCGAGUUAAAGAGAUAACAAUAUUGUUGAGCAGUGACACAGAAGGUGUCGUUAGGAUGGGAAUAUAUGGGAUGGUUGGAAUAGGAAAGACAACACUUGCUAAAGCUCUGUAUAAUCAACUUUUGCUAGGAAGCUACACGGGAACUAGCUUUCUGGCGAAUGUUAGGGAAAUUUCAGGGACUACAAAUGGCCUAGUAUCUUUACAACAACAACUUAUUAGCGAUGUGCUUAAAAAUGAGCAUAAACAAUUUGAAUCAUUAGUAGGACCAUUUGCUCCUGGGAGUGUAGUUAUAAUAACUACAAGGGAUGAAGAGAUACUGGAUACUAUCGAUGUGGAAACCAGAUAUCGAUACAGAGUAAAUGAGCUGGACGAUGCCGAGUCACUGGCACUAUUCACCCGACAUGCAUUUGGAAAUGAUAAACCAAACAACACAUGA